UUGCAAGACUGAUAGAAAUAUGGGCAAAAUCCUCUAUCCCUACAGUUGAACCCAAACGAAUGAAGGUAAUGUUACAAACGUAUCACUUAAAAUGCAAAAAUCUCCUCAAAUCUAAUACAAGAAUACCUAAAAACACGUUGGAAGGGUUUCGUCUUGGGAGUAAAGCCUUGUUUGAUAUUUCGGCUUGCAAGUGUCAAGAGUUUCUCAAAUGUGCUUGCCCGAAAAACAAGAAAAUACCUGCAAGAGAACGUGGCUUUAUAACUGAUCAACGAACCGCUAGGCAAAUGGUGAUAGGUGCCUUAGAUGUUGUCACAACAACAAAAAUUACAAAAACACUGAAAAGGAAGUCAAUACGAGAAAAUUCUAAGAGCAAACGACUGAAAAAAACCGAAACAUGUACGGAAAAGCUGAGUAGCACUUCUGAAUCCGAAAGUGUUCAGUCCGAUGCUGAAGAACCAACACAAAUCAAGUUGAGGACUUCAAGUGGUCAAUCUAAGAGUGACACUAGACUUGAUUAUACUUUGCUAUCAAAAACAUGCGAUAGAUUCGGAGUGUCGGAUAGGGCAGGAGCAGCUAUCGCAUCAGUUGUUCUACAUGCGUCGGGUUCUCAAGUAAUAGAUAAAAAUAAACUACGCCGAGAACGAAAAAAGGCCAGAGAAAAUAUAGUUUCACAGCAAACUGUUUCACAAAUACACGCAUUGUAUUUGACGGAAGAAAAGAUCAGACUCUAA